AGAUUGAAAAAAUUUGAGAUUUUUCAUCAUUUUGAGCAACAGGAGAAAGUUUUAGGAGGGACUAUUUUGAGUCUCUUAACAAGCCCUUACAUUCUCACCCGUCUCUCCCCAACACACAAGAUCUUCUUUGCACAGUCCGCCAUUAAAACUCUAUCUCCAGUUUGACAGAAGACAGAAUUUUUAGAGUUUAGUAAAUGUCUGCUCAAACAUUAUUCAAGACUGCAAGACAAGUUUUCCUAAAACAAUCCGAUGCAGAAACCGCCAAUUACAUUUCCCAAACCCUAAUAAAAUCAACCCAGAAUGGUCUGGAUAUCAGCCCGUCUCUCAUUUCCAACAUCAAUCCCCAAGUGUCCCAAAUUGUUCUCUCCCACCCUCAAAUCCCCGUCCGUACUUGCUUAAACUUCUUCAAACUCCUCAAAAAGAACACCAAUUCAUUGACAUUCAACAAACCUGAUCUUCAAGGCCACAUUAUUCUCGUCACGAGGCUGUUCAGAUCCAGUAUGUUUGAUCAAGGGAAGGAGAUAUUGAGUUCGGUUGCCGUUGAUGAUAGUCUUAGUAAAAACCAAGUGUCGGAGAUAGCAGAUUUAGCGAGGGAGAACAACAGGGAGAAUCCCGAGAUGGUUGUAAAGCUGCUGGAUGCAUUAUUUAGGGUUUAUGUCUAUCACAUGAAGCUCAAGGAAGCCAUUGAGGUUUUUGACUACAUGAAGAGCAAUGAGUAUGAGAUUCAUGACAAAUCUUGCAUGGCUUAUUUGCUUGCAGCCAAAAGGUCUAAUCAAUUCCAGUUAUUGUUUGCGUUUUUCCAGCAUAUGGUGGAUGCAAAUGUGAAGAUCACAGUUUAUUCAACGACUAUGGUAAUUGAUGGAUUGUGUAAGAUGGGAAGAGUAGAUGAAGCAAGAAGAUUGUUGCAUGAUAUGAUGAUUCGCAGAGGCGUGAAACCUAACGAACAUACUUAUAACACGUUAUUGAAUGGAUAUGUGAAGCACUCGGAUCUUGGCGCCGUGAAUGAUAUCUUAAAUGAGAUGAAGAAGGAAGGAAUCCAGAUGAAUACCACAAGCUACACAGUUCUAAUAGAAGGUUAUUCAAAGUUGAGAAGAUUUGAAGAAGCAGAGGAACUGUUUGGAGAAAUGGAAAAGAGAAACAUAGAAGCAGAUGCUCAUGUCUACACCUCCAUGAUCAACAGUUACAGCCGGGCGGGAAAUCUUAAAAAGGCCUUUUUGGUGUUCGACAAAUUGGUCGGGAGAGGCCUCGUUCCGAACGCCCACACGUACGGUGCUCUCAUAAACGGUUUGUGCAAAAAUGGGAAAAUGGAAGGUGUGAAAAUCUUGCUUGAUGAGAUGCAAGCCAAGGGGAUAAGCAUGAACCAAAUCAUGUGCAACACUAUGAUGGAUGGGUAUUGUAAGAAAGGAAUGAUCAAAGAAGCUUGGAAGCUUCUAGAAGUCAUGCAAGGGAAAGGACUCAAAGCAGACGUGUACGUGUACAAUAUAAUAGCAAACGGUUUGUGUAAGCUAAACCGGUCCGAGGAAGCGAAGAAUUGGUUGUUUUCAAUGGAGGGAAAGGGCGUGAAGCCGAACGUGAUCACUUACACAACUUUGGUUGAUAUCUAUCGCAAAGAAGGAAAACUUGUGGACGCGAAAAGGGUUCUUCGCGAGAUGGGAAAGAAAGGGCUGAAACCCAACGUUGUGACAUACAAUGCCCUUAUAGAUGGGUACUGCAAGAACGGGAUGAUGAACGAAGCGUAUAAGAUGAGGGACGAAAUGGUAAAUGAGGGGCUUGUUCCCGAUGUUUAUGCAUACACCUCGCUUCUCAACGGGGAAUGCAUGCGCGGAAAUGUGGACGAUGCCCUGAGACUCUUCAAAGAGAUCGGCGCGAAGGGUAUGGUCCCUACAAUAGUGUCCUACACGGCGUUGAUUUCGGGACUGUCGAAAGCAGGGAGGACAGAGGAAGCUUUCCAAUUGUAUGAUGAAAUGAUAGGGGCAGGGCUUACCCCUGAUGACAAUGUGUUCACUUGCCUGGUGGGUACCCUUCACAGCCCGGCUCCCUCCGGGAGGGACACUUGUUGAACACAUAACCUCUGUCGUGAAGUUUGGGGAUGGUGUCCUAAAAAGUGCUAGCCUAGAAUUAUAAGGGGCUUUACAGAAUUUACUAGAGUUUCCUCGCCGGAAAAUCUUCAAAUUGGUGGCGAAUGAGAUAACUUGUGUAAAGAACAUCAUGGGUGCAAUUGUAUGUAUCAAAAAACAAAGUUGAUGGGAUCGUUUACAUACCCGGAAUGAAUUUUUGGUGCCACU